UUUUGAAAACAGAACAGAGUGGAGUCUAUUGUGAUAAGGCAGAAGAAGAAGGCGUGUGUGUAGUUAGCUAGCUGUAUUCGAACGAACGGUGUUGUUUGAGAAUGAUUCGUCGGUUAUGCUGCGUACAGAGCGCUUCUUCUUCUUCUACUUCUCCAUCUCUCCCAUUCUCUUCCACUCCCACCAAGAAGAAACCCCUUGUCCUCCUAGGCGCACCUCAGGUCUCAGCAAUCGUCCUCGACGCACUUCUCACCGCUUCCACUUCUCCACAUUCUUCAUUCGAGGUUGCGGCGAUUGUAACUCAACCAAAUGCCAGAAGAGACAGGGGAAAGAAGCUCAUGCCAUCUCCUUUGGCCAGCUAUGCUCUUGAAAGGGGAUUCUCUUCUCAUCUCAUUUUUACUCCUGAGCGAGCUGGAGAUGAUGCUUUCUUGUCAAAUUUAAAAGCUUUGCAACCGGAGCUAUGCAUUACAGCAGCAUAUGGGAAUAUAUUGCCUACCAAGUUUCUAGAUAUUCCACCAUUAGGAACAGUCAAUAUUCACCCUAGCCUGUUGCCAAUGUAUCGUGGUGCUGCUCCUGUUCAAAGAGCGUUGCAGGAUGGCGUUAAAGAAACUGGAGUAUCAUUAGCGUACACUGUUCGUGCACUGGAUGCUGGACCUCUCAUUGCUAGUGAAAGAGUUGAAGUUGAUGAUCAAAUAAAGGCACCUGAUUUGCUUGACCUUCUGUUUCACAAAGGAUCUAAUCUUCUAAUUCGGGAACUUCCUUCUAUAUUUGAUGGAUCAGCGAGAGUGAAGGCACAACCCCAAGAUGACUCUAAGGUUACAUUGGCUCCAAAGAUAAGUCCAGAUGAAACAUGGCUAGGUUUUGAUCAAGAAGCAUGUGUUCUACAUAAUAAGGUUCGUGCUUUUUCAGGGUGGCCAGGAACUAGAGCAAAGGUUUUAGUUGUUGACAAGAAUGGUCAGCAGAAAACUUUGGAGUUUAAAAUUAUAACUACAAGAGUUUGCAGUCAUGAAAAUGUGCAGUUCAAUGAAGCAGAUGAUAUUGCAUUUGUCAAUGGUGCAUUGGUGUUUCCAUGUGGAAGGGGCACUGCACUUGAGGUAUUGGAAGUUCAGCUUCCAGGAAAAAAGGUAGUAAAUGCAGCUGCUUUUUGGAAUGGGCUACGGGGACAGAAGCUGAAGACAUUAUGAGAGGUGGUUUACCCAACAGAGCCUAUUAUUUAAGUUAUCUUUAGGCUGUUUUGGCAAUCAAUUCCUUUUUUGUUUUCAUUUUCUUCUUCAUUUUAUAUGAUUCAUGUAUAACUAUCCUCUUUCGAAUUUCUCUAUAAAAGGGCUUCUCAAACAAGCAUUCUUUUUUGGUA